AUGAUCCUGAUUCUUGCCAUUGUGUUCUGUCAUUCUCUAAUCCGCUUUUCUAUGGUGGUCUUGUGCGGUUCCGGAUCUGCUAUGGCGAUGAACCGGAUACCAAGCAGGGCAGGAUCAACUGGAUUCGCCCAACCAGACCGACCUAUUCAUGUUAUCCUUGCUGGCGACGAAGAGAUUUUGGCCGAAAGCGACGGUACCAGGCGGGAAAAGGUCACACCUCCGCCUCCAGCAUAUGGCCUGUGGAGAAGUAGUGUGAAAAUAAAUCCAGACUUACUCUACUGGCAUCAUGUGAAAGACGAUGCACCUCCUCUACCGCAGCACGCCAACCAUAUCCAACGUUUGGGUAGCAAAGCCCCUUUACCACGACCUCCUAGCUACACAUCUGAUAAUGGUAUCGACUAUGUGAUUGAAGCACAACCGCGACCGUUGUCACAAGGCCCUGCUGCCGAACGACCAGGACAUUGA